AUGAGGCCGCACCCCUCGUCCGACGAGGUUGAGGUCUUCGGUCUACGCGGCGUACUGCAGACCCACCGUGGGCCGGCACCCAUCGAGACGCAUGGCUACCGGCGCGACGACAAUGGGCUAGUGCCGGUGGACGAGCCGCGCGUCUACGAGCUGCUUGGGCAGCGGCUGUCCGCCAAGGCCGUCAAGGACUACGGCGCUGCCGAUCGUGCGCGCGAGGCGCUGCGUGAGAUGGGCGUCGACGUCUUUGACAGCUCUCGGAUAUGGCGCGUCCGUGGCGGCACGCGCGAGUUCAAUGCACGGCUGACGCAGCUAGCGCAGUCGAGGCAGUUGUCGGCGUGCCGCGCCGCCUACUCUGCCGGCGAGGCCUUGGCCGACUCGCGCUCGCACGCCAUCCUCAUCGACGCCCACGCCGCGUGCGGCGAUGGGCAGGGCGCACGCGAUGCGCUGGCGGCGAUGAGCGCUGCGGGCCACCAGCCGCAGCCGGCAGAGUAUGCGGCGGCU